CGCGCAUGCAACAGAAGGGGAAAAAACUCGACCGACAACGGUUGCUGGUGAAAGCCAACAACCGCCAACAACCGACAAAAUGGUGAAAAGGAAGGUCGCGGCGCUCGAAAAGGUCGAGGCCGACCUGGUCAAUCUGCAGUACAAGAUUCGGAGGGAUCCCAGGUCGUACGCUCAGGAAUUCCACGAUCAAUGGCUCGCAUACGAUGCGCAACGGCAGAUCUUCAUGUCCUCGCCCACCACCGCCUCGAGCGAAGAUGUCAAGAAGUUCCAUGAUCUCGUCGACCUGGUAGCCCACGUCGCCGACCUCUACCCCGACAUUACGGCCCCGUUCCCCGACCACCUCAAGGAACUCCUCAACCAGCACCAUGCGACGCUCGAUAAGGAACUGCGCGAAAAGGUGGUGGGCAGCUUGGUGCUGCUGCGGAGGAAGGAUGUGAUCGAUUCGACGAGUCUCCUGACUACUCUCUUUCCCAUUCUCAUCUCGACGCCGAGCAAGUCGCUGAGAUCACUGCUCUACACCAAGAUCAUCAGCGACCUGAGGGAGUCGAACUCAAAGGCGACAAACCACCGGCUUAAUCGGACCAUCCAGACCGUGCUGCACAACCUCGUCACGUCGGACCGCACCUCGACCAAGGGCAUGUGGGCUUGCCGGAUCACCCGCGAGCUGUGGCGCCGCCAGGUCUGGACCGACGCGCGCCCGUGCGAUGUCAUGAAGGAGGCGUGCCUCAGCGACAACGAGAAGGUUGUCGUCGGCGGAGUGAGGUUCUUCUUGGGCGGAGACAAGGAGCGCGAGGAGCUUGAGGACGAGUCCAGCGACGAGGACAUUGACAUCAAGAAGGUCAAGCACCAAGGGACCAUCAACAAGAAGACCAAGAAGCGCCAAAAGGCGUACGAGAAGGCCCUUGAGAAGAUCAAGAAGCAAGAGCGCAAGAAGCACGCGCCGCAUCCGUUGAACUUCUCGGCUCUGCAUCUCAUUCACGAUCCCCAAGGCUUCGCCGAGAAGUUGUUCCAAAAGCACCUUCAGAAUACCAAGAACAAGUUCUCGCUUGAGAACAGGCUGCUAAUCCUCCAGCUGGUGACCCGCCUGGUCGGGCUGCACAAGCUCAUCAUCAUCUCGCUUUACUCGUGGUUCAUGAAAUACCUGACGCCGAAGCAACUCAACGUCACCUCCUUCCUCGCCUCGCUGGCCCAGGCAACGCACAACCUGAUCCCGCCAGAUGUCAUCGAGCCCCUGGUGGUAAAGAUUGCCAACGAGUUCGUCUCGGAAGCAUCCGCGUCCGAAGUGGCCGCGGCGGGCAUCAACGCCAUCCGCGAGGUGGCCCUCCGUCAGCCGCUCUGCAUGAACGAGACCCUCCUGCAGGAUUUGGUCAUGUACCAGAAGAGCAAGGACAAGGGUGUCGUGAUGGCGGCAAAGGGUUUGCAAUCUCUGUACCGCGAGGUCUAUCCCGAGCUCCUGCAGAAGAAGUACCGCGGCAAGGAAGCCACCAUGAGCCUGCGUGCGGGAGAAGUUAAGCAGUUGAAGUUCGGCGAGGAAGAAGAGGGAGGUAUCGAGGGCAUCGAGCUGCUCGAGAGAUACAAAGAGGAGCAAAAGAGGAAAAAGCAGGAGGAGCGGGCUCUGAAGAACGGAGGGACCGACAACAAGGAGGACAGCGACGACUCGGACAGCGAGAGCUUCAAAUCGGAAGAGUGGGAGAUCGCCUCGACCGACAGCGAGUCCUCGGGCGGCUGGAUCGACGUCAGCAGCGAGUCGGAAGACGACGAGCCAGCCAAGAAGAGGCGGCGCAAGGACGACGAACAAGACACCGAAGAGGCCCCCGCCCUGGUCGACACCUCCACCGAAGCGGAGGCCGCGCAGGCCGAGAUCAACCGCAUCUCCAAGCUCGCCACCACCACCAUCCUGACCCCCGCCGACCUGGCCAAGCUGGAGGAGCUCCGGCGCGAGGCCAAGCUCGACAAGGCGCUCGGCCGGGCCUCGAAGCGCAAGAAGGAGCUCAUCGAGAAGCACAUCGAGGACGGGCUGACGGCCGACGACAUCGAGCUCCCCGCGCAGCUGGGCAAGAAGACGACCAAGGAGGAGCGGGUGGCGCUGGCGCGCGAGGGCAAGCCGGCCCGCGAGGAGCACAAGUCGACGCAGGCGAUCCGCCGGGCCAAGAAGGACGCCGAGGGCAAGAGCACGACCAACCGGGAGAAGGCGCGCAAGAAGAACUUCUUGAUGACGCUCGGGAAGGCCCGGGCCAAGAACAAGCGGAGCCUGGUCGAGGCGAGCAGGACCAUGAGGGCGCACAUUGCGCGGAGCAAGCGCGGAGGAAGGAGGAGGAACGGGGGUUGAUGGACGCAUCGGGGGCGUGCUCUUCUUCUACACAUCAUACCUGUUGGACAUGCUGGACUACUUGGGUGGACGGAACGGAGAUUUGGGAUGGUGCGCAUCACCAUCAUAGUGUAGGUCGUGUCCGUAACCACUAAACCUACGUUGGUUCACGGGAUCCUUGUCUCAUGCGGGUUGUAGUUGCGGAGUUGGAACAUUCGAGUUGUGUGUGGUUGCCGGCGAUCAUUGCCUAGUUCUCAGCAGAUGAAAUUGGUGGCUACGGGGGGUAUUCGACU